GUGCUCGGUACCGAUCAGCAUUGGUCAGAUAUUGACUGCGCCUCCUCAUUGAUCUUUAAAAGCUGCAGGGAACACACGGACACACGCACAUUCGCUCAUUCACCUGCUUCCAGUAAAGAUGUUCUGCAGACGGGCAUGGCAGAGAGUCGGGCCGCUGGCACGCAAGGUUUUCGGACCCACAUCCAGGAAUGCUCCAGUGCGACACAUGGCCUUCGGGAUUCCUGGAGGCUCCACCAACAUGACGUACUAUCUUCUGUGUGGAGGAGGUCUCACUGCUGCUGUCGUCUAUGCUUAUAAGACAGUGAAUGGUGAAGGUGUGCGCCCUGAGGACAAACUGGCAGACAUGGGCUCCCUGGCAAAGGCUGAGGUAGCAGCUCCUGCACCCGAACCCGCCCCAGUUGAGGAGGCAGCCGCCGAGUCUGUUCCCGCAGAGGUAGAAGCGGAGGCCGCUGCCGAGGUUGUCGUUACUGAGGCUCCAGCAGAGCCAGCGGCCACAGAAGAAGCUGCCCCUUCUCCACCUGCAGAGGCUGUCCCUGAAGCGGCUUCGGAAGUUGCUGCCGAAGCCGAGGUGGUCGCAGCUGAGGCCCCCGCAGCCGAGGCGGUCACAACAGAAGCAGUCGAGGUGGUCACAACAGAAGUGGCCGAGGCCCCCGCAGCCGAGGCGGUCACAACAGAAGUGGCCGAGGCGGUCACAACAGAAGUAGCCGAGGCUGCCACAACAGAAGAGGCCGACGCACCGGCAGCCGAGGCCCCAGCAGCUGAGGCACCCGCAACAGAAGCCCCAGUAACGGAAGCCCCUGCAGCAGAGAGCGCUGAGUCUCUGCCAGAUCUGCUCACAGCUGUGAAGAUCUUGGCCGGCUCCACAGUUGAGAUCGCGGCAGCUUCUGUUGGUGAGACGAGUCUGGUGAAAUCUGUCCGACAAAUAGAGGAUGGAAAAGGUCCGGACUCCACCCUGGUGGUGGUUGAACCAGAAGUCCUGGAAGCGACCACAGAGGUGGUAUCUAAGGAAGCAGCUGAGGAGGCAGCUGAUGUAAUGAUCGAGGAGGAGCAGAAGUCUCCGGAGGCUGGUGCUCAUGAGGCAGUGGCUGAUGUGGAAGUAGCAGAAGCUCCAUCUGCUGAAGAGGGGAUGACUGAGGAGACACCUGCUCCUGCUGCAGCAGAGGAGGAAGAGGGAGCAACUGCAUCUCCUCCAGAGGAAGGUGACGCUUCGGUAGAGGAGGCGGGAGAGGUCUGCGCUGAGGAUCAGGCGCCAGGCCCUGAAGCUGCUCCAGAGGAAGCUGUCUCUUCUACAGAGGCCUCACCUGGAGAUACAGCUGAGGACAUUUCAUCUAAUGAAGCCUCUGUGGAAGAAGCUGCAUCAGAGGCCAUUUCCCCCACUGAGGUCUCUGUGGAAGAAGCUGCAUCAGAGGCCAUUUCCCCCACUGAGGCCUCUGUGGAAGAAGAUCCAUCAGAAGCUGCUGAGGAGGCCACCACCACUGCAGAAGCUGCUCCACUGAAUGAGACGUCACCAGGCGAGAUGACACCUGCUGCUGAAACAGAUGAAGCAUCAGCAGAGGACGCAGAUGAAAUGGUGUCAACACACAGUGAAGCUGCAGCAGUCGUGGACACGGCUCAGCUGGCCGCAGCCUCCACAGCAGCGGAUCUGGAAGUUCUUUCUGCUGCUGAACCAGAAUCUGCAACAGAGGCUCCAGCACAUGAGGAAAAGCCCUGCCACUCCUGCCACUCCACUCCCUCAGCUGCAGAGGAAGUGGUGCCAGCCGCUGCUUUUGAAGAGGAGCUGGUCAGUGACGGAGCAGCGGCUAUAACACAUGUGGCCAUGGAGGUGGUGUCAGUCAUGGAGGGACAAAAGCCAGAGGUGUAUGUCUGGACUGUAAAAAGCUGCUCACUGAUGUAAUAGUACAGUUAAGAAGGCAGCACAGAGGCGAUGGUGGUGGUGACAGCCCAGUCGUGACCAGACAGACGGUGUGCCUUCCACAACUCUCGCCUGUCAGUCAGUCAGGCCCAGAUGAUGAUCCACAUGAAAACAGCAUAAUGAGAACUAUAGCCACAGGUUUAACUAACGAAUGUCUCCUUUCUGAAAAGUGACCACACAGUUUCCUCUAUGUUCUCGUUCUGUUACUGUUCAAUCUGUGUUAGCAUUUGUGAAAUGAUUCCCAUAACGUCUCUUGUCCUCUAGGUGCCACUGUUGCAAAGCUUUUCAUGAAUGGGACAAAAGUCAAUAGGCAGUGGAAGUGGUUUGUCAUUGUUAAAAUGGUGUUAGCCUCACAAUAUUUUCAAGUUCUAUGUGGGUGUGCAACUUUCCAGCUGAAAUUAUACCAAACGGGAUGUGUAUUUUCCUCACUUUUGUCAUUGUACAGAUGAAGUUGCAGGCAUCACUAUUUCAAGAGAUAGAUACGGAGAAAAAGGUUAACUUUAAUGGGGAGAAACCAGACAAUGUGUCGGUAGCCAUCUGCCUCGACCGGUUGGGGUGAGCGUAGGAAAAAUGGAGAGGAGGGUGGAAAAGAGGGGAGAGAUGAGAGGGGGGAAGAAUAGAAACCAGGAGCAGUUGUCUGUCAGACUGGUUGUCUGGUUUAAGAUCAUUUACGACCAUUAUACUUUUACUGAGACACUAAUUUUAAAGUAAUUGAUGCAUUUCUAGCAGAAAUCAUGACAGAAAUACAAGUGAAGACUGUUACACUAAUGUUAAUAUUUCCUUUUAAGGCAAAAAUACUUAAUUUGGUGCAUAUCUAUUAUCUGUUUUGUGUUAUUUUCUGUGACAAAAGAUUGAUACAAAUCAUAAGUAGGUUCAAAUUCAUACAAGUUGACUUGUACCUUUUCAUUAGAUCAUUUAAAUGAACAGUAACAUGCCUCCAGUUCUCUGAGAGUACCAGAUGCUUUGUUUUAUAAUUGUAGCUGAACUACAUAUAAUCAAAAAUAACUAAACCUGAUGGAAUAUGUGAAGGUUUUUUUCUUAGUUUCAUUUAAUCACGAUGUAUCUGUUAUGAUUGUGUCUACAUAGGCACUUUAAAUAAAAUGAUGUAUAAACCCUGA